UGCAAACCGGCCGUGAAGGCAACGCAUCACUUGUCAGACAAAUUGUGUAACGAUGGACUCGCCGCUCCGGCUGCAGCUCUCUGCAGGAGACAGAGCGCGCUGACUUCUGGCCUCAUCUCACACUGAUUCUGACAUGUCUGAGCACAUUCUGCAGAGUGACAUGAGGCCUGUACAUCAUCAUCUGCUGCACACACUGUAGACUAGAGGCUCAUUCACGCGAGUCUAUUUUGUCUCUUAGAAAAGAAUCCACCUGAAUUUAACUUUCCUAUCAAAGCGCGUCUUUUUUCCUGCAGGUUAUUAAUUUUCUGAAGACGCAGUUGGCUGAUCGUCUGUUGGUGUAUUUACCUUCAGAGGAUUAUAUUCAGCAAACAGCUGCACCGUGAAGCUGCUCCAUGACCUCGCCGAUCGUGCAGAGCAGCUCCUCAGUGGGUCAAGAUGAUGGAAGAAACGUGGAGGAACAAAUACAUGUUUGUGCUGCUGCUUUGCACUAUUUUUAACAUGCUGACGGAUCCAAGAGGAGAUGAAAACUAGAAGAUGGGCUUCAAUUGAUUCAUCAGGUAGCUCGUGUGUUUCACGGGCCUGCAGGAUUUACCGAGCAGGCCUCCCCUUUCAGACCAGAAUGCACCGCGCUGACUCUCCCAGCAUGCAAAUGGCUCGAGCUUUUCUGUAAUUUUGACCUCCGCCAUGGGACAUUGAUGCAUUUAACGACCACAGCUGAAGUUUGCAAAUGUGGAACUACAAACCUGCCCCAUGCAGUGAAAUCAUUAAGGACCUUCGCUGUCAGAAUCUGGGUCUGAUUUCACUCUCUAAUUAAACUGUAACGUUACUAUGAGAGCGACCCCUGUGGAUGAAGAAGUAGUCCUUCAACAAAGAGCUGAGGGAGGACCAUGAUGAGAACUCAGUCAGUUUGAGUGUGUGACCUGCAGAGGGCAACCAAGUAUCACACAUGGACAACAGUUGAGAGCUGGAAAUGACUCACACCUGCCCAUAAAGAACACAGAGAGAGGAGAAGGAGGACUGAUUUGUUUGGAUGGAAGUUUUGAUCAACAGCACAUUAUCAAAUCUCAAGGAGAUGUGUCUGUGGCAUCCAUAUGACGCCUACAUUAUUCCCGGUGCAGCUUGUAUCAACACUGAUGGCAACAGCAACUGUGGAAACAGCUCAAGCUUUACAUUGAGAGUUUACUUACUUUGCGCAAAACAAAUCCGGAUUUUACGCACGAGGAUCGCGAUGGCUGCAACGACCAAGUUCAGUUUUUCCGUCCGGAGCAUCUUGGACCUGCCGGAGCAGGAUGCGGAGGCAGGGCCGCGGUCCUCCCCGGGCUACACCUCCUCCUCCUCGUCCUCCUCGUGCUCCUCCAGCUCACCAUACACCUCCUGGAUGGACUGCUGCGACCGGAGCCCCUGCAUGUCUUCAGAUGAAGGCAGUCUCGAGGCCUGCCCGGACUCGACCAAACCAGAUGACUCGUCCCCGGACUCAGACCCAGACAGGAGUAAAAAGAGCAAGAAGCGCCGCGUCCUGUUCUCCAAAGCGCAGACUCUGGAGCUGGAGCGGCGCUUCCGGCAGCAGCGCUACCUGUCCGGCCCAGAGAGGGAGCAGCUGGCCCGGCUCCUCUCCCUGACCCCGACCCAGAUCAAGAUCUGGUUCCAGAACCACCGCUACAAGAUGAAGAGAGGACGCGCGGAGGACUUGGAGAUCCCUCAGCCUCUACCUCCGCUGCUGCGCCGGGUCGUGGUUCCGAUCCUGGUCCGGGAUGGGAAACCGUUCCACCCCUGCUUACUGGACACUGAGAAAGGCGGCUGUUUGGCUCCCUCUCAGCCAGUUCAUUUCCCCUUAGCUUACCCGCACCUGCAGCACCCUGCCUCCGUCCCUCUGCCUCCCCGGUACCAGCAGCACUUCCCCUCCGCGUCAGCCCCCAGACUCGCCUGGAGAGACUUUUGGAGCGACUCAGUCCACUUAAAUUCUUACAAGUGAAGACCUCAUGUCUAUGCACAAACUCAUUUAGAAUGGCAUCAAAUGUUUUCUGAAUGUUCAGAGCUACUUAAACAUUUACAUUCUCACUGUAGAAGGAAGGAUAUUUUGCACAUUUUGUUUUACAUUUCUGCGUGUUUUGGUGACUAUGAAAAUAUGAUGUUGGGCUUCCAUGUGUGGCCUGUAGAUGUUGAAUUAUCCGUUGAGAUAAUGUAUUUUUAAACUUAAUAUUUGUAUAAAUAACUUUUGUUAAAGAAGUUGCAGUAGGCUUCAGGCGGAGAUAGAAGCAGUAGCAGCAAGGCCUGAAUGUUUGAAGAAAAUAUAUUAUGUUGUCUUUAAGGAGACUUUUUUUUUAGGAUUAAACUGUUUAAACUGUUUCUAUCUGUGGAGAAAAUUAUUAAUAAAAAGUUUCACAUAUAUUUGAUGAUAAA